CUUUAGCAUCACGCGAUCACCCCCCCCCCCCCCCCAAAAAAAAAACAACAAAAAAACUCGCGCUUCACGAGGCUUCCGAGGACCCAUUUCGGUGGAUCUGCGAAGUUGGACCCGGACUCGCUGAAUGGACGUCGAUGGACUGGCCUGAAGCCUCCGCUUCCACCGGACCGAGCGAGGGAGCCUCUGCAUGUUCAAGUUUCCUGCUCCGGCGGGAGAGACGUCGGUGCGUGCGCGUGGGACGCGCGUGCGUGCGGCCGGAGGUGUGUGUUGGGUGCUUUGCGCCCGCGGGAGCAGCAGCGGGAGCCGGAGCAGCGGUGGUGGAGGAGGAGGUGGUGGAGGAGGUAGCAGCAGCAGCCGCGGGAAGCGAAGUUUAGCGUCGUGAUUUUUAUUUUCUCUUUCCCCCCUCCUCCCUCUGUUAUGUUGUUCACAUGCCACGGAAGGGGACAGGCGGAAUAACGUUUUCCUGAUGAAAAUUAACCAUCUGUGCAUAGACUCCGUAAUCGUGACUCCGAUGAUGUCGAGUAAGAGCGCGGAGUGGCUGCAGGACGAGCUGGAGUCCGGGGCCGGCUCGCUGCUGCUGCUGGACUGCAGAGCCCACGAGCUGUUCGAGUCCUCGCACGUCGAGUCGGCCAUCAACCUGGCCAUCCCGGGCCUCAUGCUCCGGAGGCUGAAGAAGGGCAACCUGCCCAUCCGCUCCAUCAUCCCCAACAACGAGGACAAGGAGAAAUUCGUCAAGCGGUGCAAGACGGACGUGGUGCUCCUGUACGACGAGGCGACGUCCGAGCGGCCGGAGUCCGGGCUGGGCAGCUCCGUGAUGGGGCUGCUGCUGCACAAGCUGCGGGACGACGGCUGCAAAGCCUUCUACCUGGAGGGGGGCUUCAACAAGUUCCAGUCCGAGUACCCCGAACACUGCGAGACCAAUCUGGACUGCUCGUGUCCCAGCAGUUCGCCACCAGCCUCCGUCCUCGGCCUGGGAGGACUGCGCAUCAGCUCCGACUGCUCGGAUGGGGAGUCCGACCGCGAGCCGGGCAGCGCCACGGAGUCGGACGGCAGCCCCCUGCCCUCCAACCAGCCAGCGUUCCCGGUCCAGAUCCUGCCGUACCUUUACCUGGGCUGUGCCAAAGACUCCACAAACCUGGAUGUGCUCAGCAAAUACAACAUCAAGUACAUCCUCAACGUAACGCCUAACCUGCCAAACAUGUUCGAGCACGAGGGAGACUUCAAGUACAAACAGAUCCCGAUCUCCGACCACUGGAGCCAGAACCUCUCGCAGUUUUUCCCUGAGGCCAUAUCAUUUAUUGAUGAGGCUCGCACCAAAAAGUGCGGCAUCUUGGUGCACUGCCUGGCCGGCAUCAGCCGCUCGGUCACCGUCACCGUGGCCUACCUGAUGCAGAAACUCAACCUGUCCCUCAACGACGCCUACGACUUUGUCAAGAGGAAAAAGUCCAACAUUUCCCCGAACUUCAACUUCAUGGGCCAGCUCCUUGACUUUGAGCGCACGCUGGGCCUCAACAGCCCCUGCGACAACCAUUCGACCUCGCCACCGCACGAGCAGCUCUUCUUCACCACCCCGACCAAUCACAAUGUGUUUCAGCUGGACACCUUGGAGUCCACAUGAAAAUGAAGACUUUCGUGGUCAAGGUGGUGUGGUUACCAUGGUAAUGAGCUGCUGCGAUGGAGGCGAGCAGCUGGUUUUAAUGAAUGUUUUUGCCUCCUGAGGCUGGUCUGAAAGCCUGUCCACUGAGCAGCGCUGGAGCAACCGGAGGCGUCAUGGAUGCCAUGUUAAAGGGGAUGCAAGGGAAGUUUCUGUUUUCCCAGAGUGGGGGGAAACGCGGGUUUACAAUGGAGUCGUCCUCAGCGUUGACUGAAACUUGGGAUAAAAUCCCCUGAGCAACUUGUCUCGUAACAAAGAACAAGGGGGGACUUACUUCACUGAGAGAGAAACUGAAUGGCCACAGCAGGACAGACGGCUUCAUACAAAGACAGGAACACGGAAAAAGAGAUGACAGCGUUUUCUCUAUCUCUUUUUUGUCUCGGCUCACAAGCUGAGCUGACUGGUGCCAAGCGGAGUAUCUGGGAUGUAGUCAUAGGAGAUCUCACUCUACUGGAUGUAGAUGAGUUUUUAAAAAACCAAGGAGUUAACACACUCGCACACACAAACAAAGUAUGUAUGUUUGUACUGUACGUGUUAAACGUAUGUAAACGAACAUAGCAGAAAAUGUAUGAGCAGUCCUUAGCAAAUUCAGUAUGUCUAUAUGCAUUUUUGUAUAUUUUUAUGUACAUUUACGCACAGAUCUAUACCUUAUAUAAAUAUAUAUACGUACAGAAAUCUUAUCUUUGUCCAAAAACAAAGUAAUUCAAUCCAAUGAUGGCUUAAGAGAUUGUAGGUCUAAAGAAAGGGAAUGGGCGUUGAGGGUUUCUUCUUCUUCUUUUCUCUUCUUUUUUUUCUUUCUUUUUAAAUGACCUAAUGCAGUUUGCACAGUGGCGUAGCCAUUGACUUGCUGGCACUUGAAGCCAGUGCUGGAAGCAGGCAGAUAAAGAGACAUUCAGAGAGGAGGAGUGGACAGAGGAGAGGCCAGUCCCAGGCUGCGACAAGUCCUGACAGCUGCAUAGUGCAGUGGGGAGGGAGCAGGAACUGGGCCCUGAGCAGAGCUCCAGAACAGGGAGGGGUCAGGCCCGGAGACAGGACACAGCCCAGUCGUGUUUGGGGGUGGGUGAGAACAUGACUGCGGAUUUGUCCAACUGCAUCUAAGUGCAGUACCCAGUUCCUCCUUCCCCUUAAUACUGCUCACUCAUCUGUAAAGGAAGAAGCAGUUACUUCCACCAGCUGUUCCAAAUGUUUAAGUCAUUUGUUUAAUUUCAAUUAAAAACUCAACUCUCAGCUUCCAUGGUGAUUUCAUCCCAACAAUUGUCUCACAA